AUGGAUGAACUCGAAGGUCAAAAACAUCUUUAUCCUAAACGCAUAAUUCUAUGUUGUGAUGGAACAUGGAUGGAUAGUGAUGAUGGAUUCACCAAACCAACACUUAUUCCUUACAAACCAACUGGUACAUUGCAGACUCCAAGUAAUGUGACUCGUCUCUCGAGAGCUCUAAGAAGAUAUGCUCAAGAUGGAACUCAUCAAAUCAUUUACUAUCAUUCCGGUGUUGGUACCGGCAGUAGUAUGAUGGAUACCCUCAGUGGAGGCAUGCUUGGCACCGGUAUUUCUGAGAACAUUCGUGAAGUUUACAGUUUCAUUGCCGCCAAUUAUACUCCCGGCGAUGAAAUUAUUCUUGUGGGUUUCUCUCGUGGAGCCUUCACUGCCAGAAGUGUUGCAGGGAUGAUUUCAGAUAUUGGACUACUCACUCGACAUGGUAUGACAAGCUUCUAUGCGGUAUUCAAAGACCAGGAAAAUUUCAGAAAUCCCGAUUACAAAGACAUCUUUCCGGAACUACCAUUUCCCAACAAGCCAAAGGACAGUGAUGAGUACAAGAAGAAACUGGAAGAAGAAGGUUUAACCAGAAUUCACGAUCCGAAUGGAGUCAAAAUUCGAAUUCAUGCAGUUGCUGUGUGGGAUACUGUAGGAUCCUUGGGAAUUCCAAAUAUUGCGCUACUUGCAAAACUUGGACUUCCACACUCUACCAAGGAGUACAAGUUUCACGAUACAAACCUUUCCGGUUACAUCAAACAUGCUUUCCAAGCUUUAGCACUCGAUGAACAUAGAAGACCGUUUAGUCCUGCAGUAUGGGAGAUAAGAGAUUAUGAGGAUGACACUACUGAUCUACGACAAGUUUGGUUUCCUGGAAGUCAUGCAAAUGUUGGAGGAGGUUAUGAUGAUCAGGAAAUUGCGAACAUUACUUUGGCCUGGAUGAUGGAUCAGCUUGCUUCUGUUGGGAUUGCUUUUCAUGACGAUGCUAUUGACACGAUAUUUAAAAAGAGCGUCCACUACUACGAAACCCUCCCACCUCCUUCAACUUCUAUCUUUAGGUUCUCGAGGCCGAUUAAUGAAUGGGCAACGCCGGCCGUAUACGAAAAACACCACCCAGUUCGUCCAUGGGCUCUCGGUAAAAUUUAUAACUCAGACACCGGAAUUUGGACCCUCGCAGGUAAACAGACUAGAACUCCUGGUCUUUAUCAGCGUUUAGAUCCAGAUACAGGUAUCUCAAUUGGAGUACCAAUGACACAUACUAAUGAACGUAUUCACUCAAGCGUCAGAAUUCGACUUGAUCUCGGAGGACUUGGAGAAGAAGAUAUGACAAAGUAUUAUUGCCCAGCAUUACUCAAGAAAGGACCAUGGCGUCUAGAUCAAAUUCGAAUCAAAAUCACUGAUCCUAUCUCACCAACUGCCACAUGGGGUCCAACUGCUCCAGCGGCUCUAGACGAUGAACGUACCAGCGACUUGAGAUGGGUAUGGGAAUACGAUGGGCCGGAAAAGAACGCACCAGUCAUUCAAACCGUCAUAGAAGAGAAUCUCGGCCCAUAUGAGAGGAAAUUGCUCCUAUUGAAUAAAGGUACGGGUAUGUUUCACAAGGUUGUUGAUGAGGCGGAUGCGGAUGAUCGUAGAGCAAUACUCACCGCCGAAAUUGAUGCGAGACGUGGAAGUGAUGCAUGA